AGCGAAGUGUGCGGUGGAAACGGCACGCGGCGGAGCUGCGCUGGUUUCUUCGUUGGUGUUGUUGUUGCUGUCUGAUUCAUUGCUCUCUUUCUCUUUUUUCUUUUAAAGGUAUUAUUGGCUUCCCCCUUCUCAUGUCAGACGACCUACCGCCGUCGCAGGAGUGUGGGUCUGCGGAAGCUCUUGACAGCAGCUACGUUCACCUCACAGCGCAGAUGCUGUUGCAGCUGCAGAAUCGCAACGUUGUCUCGGCGCUGCAGACGGCGGAGGCGAUCCGUGCGCUUUGCUUGGCUAACCCGCCACAGGCCGAUGCGGAAGCCGCGGUGCCGUCAUCAGAGGCCAUCGCGCAAGGGGAGAAGCUGUACCGGGGCAGCCCGGCAGAGCUGCUUCUGCGCCUACGCAACGAGCUCCUCUCGUCCGCUGACUUGCAGCAGCAACUGUCGCCCGGUGCACUUGGCUCAAGUCCCUCCGCGGCGCCCUCUACGCCAGGAGAUGACUCAACGGGCGAAGAAAGCGAAGGGAGCACCACCCACCGCGACACAUCGUCCACGCUGUCGGACCGUAGUGACACCGUCAGCAGUAGCGGCAGCAGCAGCACCUCAUCGUCGUUCGAAGAGGAUGACGAGAGAGACGAAGAUGAACGUCACAUGCUGCCGUCAGCACCCUUCUCGUUCUUAGCUGAAGCGCUCACGAAGUGGUGUCACAUGGCUCCUCCACCGCAGGCGCAACGCGGAGAGCAGUCCGCACAUCGAACAACACCACCAAUGUCACCACCGCUGAAGGAGACAGGUGUUCCAGCGGCACCGGUACGCGUGCCAGCACGUCCUUGCCCGCCAUCAUCGAAGCCGCUGCAGCAGCAGCAGCAGCGCCGCGCGGGACAGGAAAACAGCAAACGGAAGAGUGUCGAAGGCAACGCGAUGAGCGCUGCGCGGACAACACCCGCUCAAUGCAGUAUAACAGACGUUGACGCCGCCACUGAGGACGGGGAGGCGGAAGCGGAGGAGGCGUGGGAGCUCAUGCAACAGCAGGUGGCGAAGGAGAUGGAGCGCUUGGCUGUGGUGCGCAAACACCGCUGA